GGUGGAGAGAGUGAGGCAGUCAGAGAGGAAGCAGGGAGAAGUUUGACAACUGAGAGGAAGGACGGAUAAGACUCGGGUAGACGGGUGGACAUGUGAGGGAGCAGAGCGGACUCUGAGGAAAGAUAAAGCGCCAAUGAAGGAGUGGCAACCGGUGGUAUUCAGGAAAUAAUUCCAGUCAGGCAACGACAGUGACAUGAUGUGGACGACAACUGUCAUUCUGCUGAUGGUGCCUCAUCUGCUUUCCUCCACUGACACAGGACACAGCGGUUAUUUCAGCCAAUCAGAAUUAGUCAACGAGGACCUUUCUGAUGCCCCGGUCAAAGGUCAGAAACUUCCAGGAGGGGUCAAAGGUCAGGACACAUGCUCCAUCCCCUGUGAUAUGACUGUGAAGCUGCUACAAGAUGAGAAACAUUCAAUCUGUGGCCAGUUACAGCAGUCUCUGUUAGUGUUUGGACGCAGCACCCGCAAGCUGAUCAGGGAUGUGAUGGAGGAGCAGCAGAGAGCCCUGGACAUCCUCAGCAGUCAGGUUACAGAGCUGAUGACCAAAGUGCAGACGCUGAGCUCUGAGGUUCAGAGAAGCAACGCUGAGCUGUACUCCGUCAAACCCGUGCAGUCCCACGGACGAGACUGCAGUGACAUCAAGGACAGUCUUUUGUCCGUCGUCCCCAAGAUCCCCAGUGGUAUUUACAUCGUCCACCCAGAGAAUACGGACUCUUCUUUUGAGGUGUUCUGUGAGAUGGACUACAUGGGAGGCGGAUGGACAGUGAUGCAAAGGAGGAGCGACGGAUUAGCUGACUUUAAACGAGCCUGGGCUGAUUAUGUCGAUGGCUUCGGAAACCUUGCAGGAGAACACUGGUUGGGUCUGAAGAAGAUAUUUCAUAUAGUAAACCAGAAAGAAACUCGGUUCCAACUCCACAUUGCCCUGGUGUCCAACGAUGACGUCACCUCUUACGCAGCAUAUGAUGAUUUCGACAUGGACAAUGAAACCGAGUUCUUCAGUAUACACCUGGGCAGAUAUGCAGGCAGCGCAGGUGACGCCUUUCGCGGCUACGACCAGGAUCAGAACCAAGACACGGCUCCGUUCAGCGCCUCGGACGUGGACAAUGACGGCUGUAAUCCCUCCUGCUCCAUCGGCAACCUCACGGUGGAAAGCUGCAGCAUCCGGCACAACCGGACGGGAUGGUGGUUCAACCAGUGCGGCCUGGCAAACCUCAACGGCUCUCCCGAAGACGCAGAGCUGGACCCGGGGCAGAGGACGAACAUAGUGUGGGACACCUGGAGACAGAAUGGAGUCCCUCACGCCAUCAAAUCCGUCACGAUGAAGAUUAGGAGGAUUACAACCAAUAAUUAACAGAGAGAAGAAGCAGAGGGACAGAGGGAGAAAGCACAUAUUGUAGAAGUUGCACCGCAUUGUUGUAGAACCUCGUUCUAAUAAAACAGAUGAAAGGA